ACCCCGAUCCAAUCAAGCAUUCCACUAGCUUUCCUUUCCAAUCUAGCUUAAUUUGGUGCGUAUCCUUCCACUUCACGAAUACGAGAUCGAGCCGGGGGCUUCGUUGCGUCAAAGUAACGCGACCGAUUCGAUUUCCAAUUGAUUUGAACCGACCCGAAUUUGGACGGAUUUCGUUGCGUGCAAGUAAAGCAACCAAUUCGAUUUCGAUUUCGAUUCCAAUUCAGAUGUCCAUAUAUUCUCAGAAUUCCGGGACCCAGAUCCAAACUCUGUCUGUGAUUCCCCGAGCAACACAGCGCACGAAAAGCACCACAACUCCCCGCCCCGCCCGCGAGCGAAAACGCCCAGCUUUCCUCGAGCCGCCGCCGUUCGCAAAGCCGCCGCCCGCCGCCAUGCCGAGUCGUCGCCGCCGCAACCGCAAACGCCUCCUCACCUGCGUCGGCGCAGCUUCGGUGGGCGCGCUGCUCUUUUUCGGAGCCCACUCCUCGAGCAUCGGCCUCGGCGGCGGUACUUGGUCGCAGCACCAGGACCAGCUCUUCCGGUCGCCGGGGCCGCCGCCGCCGGAAACCCUAAUGGCGAUGCCGCGCCAGACCUCAGAGGCCGAUCUGUCCUUCGCGCGGCGCCUGUUGCCCAACCGCCACCACUCCCCGCCGCAACUCCGGGAGGAUGCCGUCCUCCUCCCGGACCGGGAGGUUCUCGUCCUGUCCGCUGACCCUGCCGUGGGGAACGCCAUGUGCGUCUUCCAGGGUGGGGCGUCCUCCCCGGCGCGCGCGCUCGGGAGGCUGCCGGGGCCCGGGCGCCACGCCUACCUCUGCCCCCUGCCCGGCUCAGAGCAGCCGCUCCAACCACCACCCCUGCUGCUUUCAUCUUCCUCUUACUCCUCCUCGGCUGCUCCCCCUGCCACUGCCCCUGCCCCUGCCCCUGCCGCGGAUUUCCACAAGCUGCUCAAUUGGAACGACAGUCUCGUGUUUGAUUCCGCCCCUCUCCCCGGAGGCGAUCUUCUCCUCUUCGCCAAGGGCACGAACAGCCGCCAAGGGGUCAUCAAGACUGCCACUUCCAACAUCCAGUGCAUCUACAGCAGAGACUCCGAUGGCACGGUGGCCUCCUCCCCCGCCACCACUUCAGCCCAGCAGGUGAUCAGGUGCCCCCCUCCACCGGCUCCUUUAAGUUCCAGCAACCUCCAUGUCACCGUAGCCCUCAACGGCCAGGAGCCUUUACCCUCACUUGCCACCUACGAUCCACAAAACACUGCCUUGCCUGUGACACGUGAAAGGAAAUCGAUCUGUGCCUGCACCAUGGUUCGAAAUGUCGCCAAGUUUCUGCCUGAGUGGGUGAGGUACCAUGCAGCAGUGGGUGUUGAGAAGUUCUUCCUAUACGACAAUGCAAGCGAGGAUGACCUAGCAGGGCAGGUCUCUAGUUUGAACUCUGCUGGCAUUGAUGUCUCCACCGUGGCCUGGCCCUGGACCAAAACGCAGGAAGCAGGGCUUUCUCAUUGCGCAGCCACGAAUCAACCUUCCUGCGAAUGGAUGGCAUUCAUGGACGUUGAUGAAUUCAUUUUUUCACCAAACUGGAACGAGGUCAAGAAGCCUUCGAAAUCGUUGCUUGACUCGGUUGUUUCCGUUGAUCCGGAGGUUGGCCAAAUAUUCCUCCCCUGCUACGAUUUUGGUCCCUCUGGCCAAACAGCACAUCCACAGGAGGGGGUGUGCCAAGGCUACACCUGCCGGCUGAUGAGACCUGAGCGUCACAAAUCGUUGGUCCGCCUUGGUGCGGUGGCAGAUUCGCUUGCGAAUUCUGUACACCAUUUUACUCUAAAGCCUGGUUUCCAGAAAAUGUGGACCACUUUGGUUCGCAUAAACCACUACAAGUACCAAGCUUGGACGGAAUUCAAAUCGAAGUUCAAACGACGCGUGUCAGCAUACGUGGCAGAUUGGACAGAUCCUGUUAACCUGCAAUCCCAUGACCGGGCCCCCGGGCUGGGAGUUGAUCCUGUUGAACCAGUUGGCUGGGCGGAGAGCUUUUGCGAGCUUAAGGAUUAUACUAUGAAGAAGCUAAGUGAGAAGUGGUUCGGAAUUGGGUCUGGAGGCCGUGGAGCAACAACAGAGUUCAACUCUAACGGUGACAUUGCUCCCUCCCCCUCUCUUCCAUAGCUUAUAGUAGUAAUAUAAAAUAACUAAAGCUAGUAUAUAAAAAACACUCAACUUGCCAAAAAAAAUAAAAAAUAUAGCCCUUAACUUGAUUAGUAUACACAUUUUUACAAAGAAUCAAGGCAUGCCAUUUUUAUUGUUUAUAACUGCAUGUUAGAAAUGUCAUUACUAACAUCAGUAUGUUCUCCUUGCAGUUUUCUCAGCCAUUCACUGUCAGACAGAAAUCUGCACUUGUUUUCUUCAAAUUGAGCUAGUUUAGGAUUUCUGGCCAAUGAUGAUAUAUUCUGGUUUAGCUGUUGCAAAUUGACCUCUGCAGCAGUAUGCACUGAUGCACCAUAUUUACCUUUUGGUUUUAUUGUUUUUUGGCACCUGAUGCUCUUUUUGCUGAAAGUGUAAAAUCCACAAGGCAGACACAUCAGGAAUUUGUUGCUCUUUCGACUUUAUUUGGUUCAAAUGAUUAAAAGCAAUCAAUCUGAGGCGGAUCAAAUUUUUUGCAUGGUCUCUUUGACGCAAAUGAUAUAUAUGAAUUAAUCUAAGGCCUUCUUUUUUCCUGGAUGUUCUUUUCUGGUGCAAAGGAUAUGUGCAUGAAUCCAUCUGAAACUCAUCGGCUGGUAGAGCCUUGUGCAGAAUAAAAUCUGAGGCCAGAUGUAGCUUAGCUCUUUUUGUUUCACUUUUGUUGUUUGGGGUUCAGUGCUUGAUUCUCUUGUUUUUCUUUUGACUGCACGGUAGUUUCUGGUUUUGCAUGAGGUUAUUAUUGUUUUUUUACAGGUUAUUGGCAUGCUUCUGUUCGGUUGGCGUCACCUGUUCUUCUGGGUGCAGUUGUAGUUUGGUGGGCGCCAGUGGCUGCUGCUGCUGAAUAUCGAUAUUUUGGUGGGCUAUUUCUUUUUCUAGAUGUCUUAGUUGUUCUUCAAUAUUUUAUGGUUGGAGUUUUUUGCGGUUUCUGACAGAUUACAAUUUUCCCUGAGAUCCCACCAUCCAAGGAGCUCGUGCUAAAAGGACCCCGCCCUUCUCUUGUGUCGAGGUUUGGGCCAUACUUCUGCCAGCCAAUUAUUGCCGGGCUAGGAGAAAAUGAUCAGCCAUUUAUAUGUACCAUGGAUUUGUAUUGGUGCCAAGAGCUGGCAAAAGAUUUUGUGGUUUCUGGCACUGUUUGAGAAUCAGUAUAUGGUGCUUGUGAGUCCAUGUAUAAACCAGACAUGGUUCGUUUACUUGAUUGAGAAAUGCCAUCCAGAGUGCCAUAGUAAUUUCCGUUAUGUGGUUUUGCACUGUAAAUAUGACAAAUUCUUUGUUCAAAUUUUUAUUUGGUAAAUGAACCCGAAGAACUAUUUGAGACAAUCUCACAAGCAUUGUUGUCUUCUCCUGAUUGCCUGAGUGGCUGUGGGGAGGUUAUGUUCUCAUUGUAACGCCCACUGAAGUUCAGAAGAGAGUGCUCACGGGAAGGAUGGUUCGCAGAAGUUCAGGAGAGAGUGCUCAAGGGAAGGAUGGUUCGCAGCACCUGUAGCCCUAGAUCACAUAGAAGAUUAUUCCGUCAUUCGACCUAAAACCUGCGAGGUCCAUUUAUUUCAGAAAGUAAAGAACCUUUAGCAUGGAACAUAUAUAUGAUUUCUGAUUCUGUUCUCUGUCCUACAACUUGGAAACAUGCCACUGAAGGCAUGUGUACUUUGUUACAUGCAUCCUUGCAAAAAUUGGCUGGAAGAAUUUCGUUUGCGCUGAC